UCUAUUUAGCAGACUUGUGUAACUAUCUCAUCAAGUUUAUUUUGCAAUAUUUUCAGGAAACUUGUUCUCUGCUUAGGAUGAUAUUUAGCGUUGGUAAUAUGUCACCCAUCAGAUCAUUGUCACAUUGUAAAGUAGCUCAGUGUUUUUGUUACUUUGGUUUAAUGAACGUACUAAACUUCCAUACUGCUCUCCUAAAUGAGACUUUUUAAGCCAAGGAACAUUGUCAUAUACAAGAAAAUUACUUGCAAUUUUUAAAAAUGCUUAUUAUUCCGCCAUGAAGGCGAAGCCUUGGCAGACUCCUGUGGCAAUCGGCCUUGGCUUGUCUAUCUGUUUGUCUGUUAGAAACAUUUCUGUUUGACUUCUGGAGCAACGGAUUUGGAUGACAUUUUCAGGGAAGGUCAGAAAUGACACAAGGACCAACUGAUUAGAUUUUGACAGUGAUGUGACUUAUUGUCUGCAUCCACGGAUUUGUUAAUGAUUUCUGUAGCAUUGCGAGAUAGCGUCAUGACAUCACUAUGACAACAAGUGAACACUCCGUCGGCUGCCUGCUGACGAUCACAUGAUUGCGAUCCCACAAGUGCGUGUGAUAGAGCCAUUGGAAUAAAAGACUAUAAUGUUUGAGACUCUAAUCCCUCAUGCUGCAACCUCUUGUAGGAAGGCUUAAGACUGUUUUGAUCUCUCUGUUGAGUAACUAACUGCUCAGUCUGCAGGUUCCCUCUUAAUGCUGUUUCAGUCAGCUGUGAGAUUAGUCCGUUCAGUCAGCGUGCUGCCUGACUGCACCGAGAGCCGAGCAGACGUCUGAGCUGCCGCAGAGGGAACAUGAAUGAUAACAGCCAGGAUGUGGAGCUGCUGCAGCAGAUAGAGAGGGAGGUGAGAAUGCGUGAGGGGGCCAGUAAGCUGCUGGCAGCUUGUUCCCAGAGAGAGCAGGCCCUGGAGGCCUCCAAGAGUCUGCUAACCUGCAACGCUCGCAUCCUGGCCCUGCUGAGCCAACUGCAGAAGAUGAGGAAAGCACAAAUCCUGCAGAGAGUGGGGCGCAGACCAUCUGAAGAUGUAGAGCCAUGCACAGGAAAAGUAGCACUGUCAGACCUGCGCAUCCCCCUCAUGUGGAAAGACUCUGAGUACUUCAAAAACAAAGGCGAGCUCCAUCGUUGUGCUGUGUUCUGCCUGCUUCAGUGUGGAACCGAGAUCCAGGACACUGACCUGGUGAUGGUCGACAGGACGUUAACUGACAUCUGCUUUGACGACACCAUUGUUUUCAACAAUGUAGCUCCAGGGUUUCAGCUUCGAGUUGAGCUCUACAGCAGUUGUGUGGUUGAGGAUUUCUCCCCAGCGGUUCUGGGAUCCAGGAAAGCCAGCCUUCUUGGGGGCUCACUGGGACGCUCCUCUGGGAAAAAAAUCCGUGCUGCAUUCGAGUCUGCGGCUUUUUGUGGAUCUAUUUCCACUGGAGGAGGAGAAAGACCUGGAAGCAUGUCACCAACGUUCUCGCCUGACCUGUCUGCACUGGGGGCGAAGUAUAACCUGCUGGCUCACACAACACUGACAAUUGAACACAUCCAGGAAGGUUUCAAGACACAUGAUUUGUCACUAUCAACAACAGAGGAUAGUCCACACUGGUUGCCUCUGUAUGGAAACAUGUGCUGUCGACUAGCUGCUCAGCCUCAGUGCAUGAUUCAACCAGUGAUAAGUGGACAAAUCAAAGUCAAGCUUGCAGAGGACUUCAAUUAUUGGGAGGAUGUCUACGGUGUCCUCAGGAGACAAACUCUUCUCUGUUAUCAGAGCGAAGAAGAUCUGGAGUCUGAGGAGGAGCCAUUGCUUGUGAUCCCCAUCAGAAAGGAUACCCUCGUCUGUGUGUCUGAGAGCGAUCCUGUCCAGUGCCACUAUAUAUGCAUCAGUACGCAGCGUCAAGGAGAUGAUGUAACCUACACUCUCACCACACACACACCUGAAGACAUCCAGUGCUGGGACAAGGCCCUGCAGCAGCAUGUCUAUAACAUGAGUCAGUGGAAACAGUGUUGUGAUAACCUUAUGAAGAUUGACACGCCGAGCAGCAGGAAAUCCAUCACGGUGAAGCAGGGAUCUCUAUUCCAUGAAAUAGUAACACCCUCACCUCCCAGAGAGGGGCCUGCGGUUCCAGAUUUAUCUUUUGAGAUUCGUUCUUUGCUCUCUUCUUACUACAAGGAAAGUUAUUGAUGACCCUGCCACUGCUAAUCUGGACCUGUGAGAAAGUGUUAUUCUGUCCGCUUGUGGUUACUAUGCCUGGUCAAGGAAAAAGACAUGGACAUGAUGAAUGGUGUUGUUUCAAAACCUGCAGAGGACACCACACUUACUGUACCACACUGACUGUUUUCAUUCUUCUCCUUAACUGUUUAUCCAACCAGCAUUACUAGUAAAAAAGAGUGAAAAGUAAGAAAUGUGAACUUGCAAUCUCAAGAAAAGAAAUGAUUGUAAUGUUAUAUUAAAUGUAGAAUAAGUACAACACUACAUGUACAUGUUAAGAGAUAGCAUUUACCAAGUGGCUUCUAAAAAAACAUUUUAUUUACCUUAAUCACCUUAUCUUUAUGUGCAGUGCUGCACAAUGUUUGAAAAGAAACCACAGACUAUUCUCUAACAUGAGAUUCACAAAAACUAAGUGUCUCACAAAUGUGAAAUAUAUCUAUGAAUGGAAAUUGACUGAUGGAUCAUUUAACACAGGGGCUGCAACUAAGCAACAACUAAAUCAAACUCAUUUGUAUUUUCAGCUACCUAUUGUAAUGUCAUAACACAUACAGCGGUUACACUUUCAUUUAUGCCCAAUUCAACUGUUGUUGCCCUUACCCCCACAGAAUUCUCAUAUUGAAACCAUAAAAGCAGGGCUUGCUUGCGCAUAUCUGUUGAGUCAGAAGCCAAACAGUCCCAGUAGAAAAUCUUGUUUAGCAUAAGCAGACAGUUCCCCUUACAGUAACCACCAGUGGUUUCAUAGUCGUGGCCAUCUGGUGGGAACACCUCUUGGAAAUCAUUCCAGUGUUAUGCAGUAUAUACAGUGCCGUGAAAAAGCAGAAACCUUUGAUUUUUGCAUAUUUCUCACACUUAAAUUGUCCAGAUGACAAAAAUAUGCAUAUUUAAUAUUCGACAGAGAUAGUGCACAAAUUACAAAAUGCAGUUUUUAAACGAUAAUUUAUUAAAGAUUUACUGAAAACUCAUAUCAGCCCCCCUGUGAAAAAACAAACGUCCACCUAAACCUAAUAAAUGCUUGGGCCACCCUUGGCAACUUGGCGAUAGCUUAGGUAGGUCAUGAACUGAUGGUGGCUAUUUCUCCAGGAAGAUUUUCUGACAGAGAGCAGAAUUCACGGCUCCAUCAAUUACAACACGUCGCCCAGUUCCUGUGGAAGAAAAGCAGCUCCAAACCAUCACACCACUACCACCAACAUGUUUCACCAUCAUGUGCUUCUUGUGGAAAGUAGUUUUAGCUUUGCACCAGAUUAACGGGACCCAUGUCUUUCAAAAAGUUCCACCUGUGAUUCAUCAAGUCCACAGGAUGUUAUUCCAAAAGUCUAAUGGCUCAUCUAGAUAUAUUUUUGCAAACGCCGGACGGACCUUUAUGUUCUUUUUGGUCAGCAGUGGUUUGUGCCUCUCCCAUGGACGCCAUCUUCACCCAGAGUCUUCCUUAUUGUGGAAUGAUGCAGACGGACCUUAACUGAGACCAGUGAGGCCUGCAGAUCUUUUGACGUUUGCCUGGGUUCUUUUGUGACCUAAACAUGGGUUAGAUAUUGACACGCUCUUGGAGAAAUGUUGGUCAGGCCAGUCACUAAUGGGAAUGUUCACCUCUCUUCCGUGUUUUCUCCAUUUGUGGAUAAUGUCUCUCACUGUGGUUCUCUGGAGUCUCAGAGCCUCAGCAAUGACUGAUAAAUGUCAGUGACUUUGUUUCUCAUCUGUUCUUGAAUCUCUUCAGAACGUGGCAUCAUGUGCUGCUUUUUCACACCCUUUAGCUACUUCACAGUGUCAGACAGGUUCUAUUUAAUUAUGUUCAGAUUCAACAAGCCUGACAGUAAUCAUAUGUGGGUGUGGCUGGAGAAACUGAACCCAGUUACCAAAUUCAUUUGGUCAUUUGGUAGAUUUAUAGCUAAGGGCGCAAUUACUUUUUCACGUAGGGCAAAAUGGGCUGGACAGCAUUUUUUCUUCAGUAAAUAAAAUCAUAAUUUGAGACGUGCAUUUUGUGUUUUCUUGGGUUAUCUUAGUUUUACAUUAAAUUUUGUUUGAUGAUCUGAAACAUUUAAGUGUGAAAAAUAGGCAAAAAUAGAAGAUUUCUGUAGGGGGGCAAAUACUCCACAGCACUGUAUAGCUUCUACAGAUGACAAAAGCUUAAUAAAAUUCAAUUAUUGCGUUUUUGGGGAGGGUUUUGGGUAUCACACUCAGGCACAGAUUCAGUCCAUUAGAAACUUACUGUUUAUCAGGAGCUCACUGUGUAAAUUGAUGACAAGUUUAAUACUUUAUAAAAGGAGCUUUUAACAAUAAAAAAAAAAAAAAAGAAAAAGCUGAAGGAAUUUGGACACUUGAAAUACACGAUGUAGACGUUUUUACUGAUAAGUUCAUUAACAUCUACAGUAAUAAAUAUAAAAGCUGACUGAUGAAGAGGUGGACACCCUGGACAAUGCUGUGCUAACACAAAGACCCCGACAACUAUACACACUCACACCUAUGGCCAAUUUAAAAUCACCAAUUAACCUACCAUGCAUGUCUUUAGACAGUGGGAGGAAUCUGGUAGUUACUCAGUUUGAGUUAUAUUACUUUGAACUUGAACUGAAUUUUAUUACAGACAUAUUUUAUUAUUAUUCUAUAUUUCUGUGUUGUUGUCCCACCUGAAAGUUUAGAACACUAUGUUUUGAAUCUGAAAAUAAUAAUUACAGUAACAACGUAAUAAUCAGCUGGGAAUGUAGUGUUCAAGCAUAACUAAUAAAGACAAAGCUUACUACAGACCAGCUCACACGUCUUCUUUUUACUUCACUGACUUCUGGUAUUUGGGCACGGUAUGUAUGAAAUGCAGAGAAAGGCCAGAAAAAGCACAUAUUUGAUUUGGUUAUGAAAGUUCAGAAAUGUAUUCCAGUUUGUUUUGUUGUUUUCAAAUGAAAGAAAUGAGACCAUUAAGAGAAAUAGUUUUCCACAUGAAACUGUAUUUAAUGCCUAUUGACACAUGUUGAUUGUAUACACAGGCCAGCCACAACAAUAAAAUCACCUUCCUAAUA